UUGCCCGCCUGGGACUCCGGCCCCAGGACUUUGCCCCGGAAGGAAGCCCCGAGCCCCCAGAGUAAAGGCAGAACCCCUAGGACGCUCCACGUGCGUGCUCGCCCUCUCUGUUCCACCCUCUGCGUUUGUUUUUCCUAUUUUGAGGUAGGAAAAGAACACCAACCAUCAGGAGACCACGGGGCAUCCCUCUUCCGCCAAGAAUUCUUCUUAGGAACCCCGGGAAAGGGGUGCUGAGGCCCCCAGGUCUGCAGAUGGACAGGCGGGCACUAGGAGAGGUCUCGGCAUCCGAAGGUGCAGCCGGCUACGGAGCCCCUCGUGCCCCUACCUCCGCCUGCCACCCUCAGGGCACUUAGCCGUCCCAGGUCCCCGGCUCCCCGAGUGCCCUGCUCGAUCCCCCGGGGAGCCGGAGUUGCCCAGCUGGACGCACGUUGACAUGUUUGUCGCUUUACAGAAACUGAGCCAGGAGGGGUAGAGCUCGGCCUUAGAGAUAAAGAUGGAGAAAAUGCAUAUUUAUCCUUUAAUAUAUUUACAUAGUUAGAUGUUCUGUGUUUCUAAUGCACAUAAAUGGCACAAAGGCCGUCCGCCCCGCACGCCCAGCGCGUGGUCCUCGCCAGCCGGAUGUUGACGGCGUCGCGUAGCAACGGGAGAUGGCGGAGCCUGGCGGCCGGGCUGGCGGGUCUCACCUGGAAGGCAAAUCUUCUGAAGGAGAAGAGGACCAGAAUCAUGAAGGCAACAGGGUAUCACCGAUAGAGAAGAGCAGUGACCAGAGAAAUGAAGAAACUGAGGGUGCUACAGAGCAUUCUGAAGGGGAAAUCAAAAACGACGGGGAAGUCUCAGCGCAGGGGAAAGAUGAAGACGAUGAGGAAGUCGAAAUCCAAGGGGGAGUGGAAACGGAAGAGGAAUUCGAAUUUGAAGAGGAGUUAGAAUCUGAUAUUGAAGCCACGGCCCCUGAAGGGGAAGUCGCUUCUCCAGAUCUGGCUUACUCAGACAUCAGUCCUGGGGAGGUGGCCAGAGAUGAAGUUGGCCCCACACACCGGCAUGAAAGAGCAAGGAGGAAGACAGGUCUUGAAGACGGAGAGGCCCCUGGCCCAUCCAAAUCUAGAGGAGUGGGGGUCAUCUCCACAGAGCCCUCCCAGCAAGUAUCAGGCUCAUCUGAGCAAACGGACCAGGAAUCGGGAGCGCUCCGGCAGAAGGUCUUUCCUCUGGGGGCUCAGCACUGCCUCGGACAGAGCCGGGGGAGCAGCAACACAUCCCUGGACUUUGACGAGCCGCCUCUGGUUACCGAGGGCCCCUCCACGCAGGAGCCAGAGCCUGAUGCCCACCCCGGGGAAGGAGCCACAUCCUCAUUCCUGGACAGGACCCAGCAGUUAAGCAUGGCCGAGGAAGGAAGCCUGGUGGAGAGUGUGGAGUCUGAGGCCAGCGACGAAGCCGAAGAAGACAGAUCCCAGCUGGUGGUUUUGGACCCAAACCAUCCCCUGAUGAUAAGAUUCCAGGCUGCCCUGAAGAACUAUCUUAACCGGCAAAUAGAGAAACUGAGGCUGGAACUUCAAGAGCUGGGCGUGGCCACCAAGCAAAGCCGAAUCCAGAGGCAGGAGCUGGGGGUGGACCUUUACGGGGUCCAGCAGCACCUGGCCCGCCUGCAGAUGCAGCUCGAGAAGAGCCACGACCGCCACUCGAUCACAGCGUGCGAGAGGCGGAGGAAGGAGGAGGAGCUGCAGAGCAUGCGCCUGCGCUACGCCAGGACCUGCGAGACCGCCGGCGAGGAGCGCAAGAAGCUGGCAGCUCUGCAAACUGAGGUGGAGACCCUGGCUCUGCAUCUCUUCUACAUGCAGAACAUAGACCAGGACGUGCGUGAUGACAUCCGGUUGAUGAAGCGAGUCGUGAAGAAGUCGGAAGCCGAGCGCAUGCGGGCCGAGUUGGAGAAGAAGCAGCAGGACCUGCACGUGGACCAGCUGACCACCCGAGCCAACCAGCUGGAAGAACAGAUUGCCCUGUUCGAGGCCCAGUACCGCGCACAGGCUGAGGACACCCGGACGCUCAGGAAGGCAGUGAGCGAGGCCUGCACGGAAAUAGAUGCCAUCAACGUGGAGAAAAAGUGCAUCCUGCAGCAGUGGGCCGCCAGUCUGCUGGGCAUGAAGCACCGCAACGAGGCUCACAAGACCAUCCAAGAGGCACUCAGCGAAUGCCAGCAUCAAGUCAAGUCCAUGGAUGGCGAGCUCGAAGCCUAUAAGAAAUCCAUCAUAAAGGAGGAAGAAAAGAAUGAGAAACUGGCCAGUAUCCUGAACCGGGCAGAGACGGAAACCAGCCUGAUGCAGAAACUGACUUCGCAGUGCCUGGCCAAGGAGGAGGCCCUGCAGAAUGAGUUCAACACCUACAGGCUCACCCUGCUGGACACGGAGGACGCACUGGGCAAGGCCCACAUGGAAUACACGGCAACCAUAGGCCAAUUGCAGACUCUCCACCAGACCAUCCAACAUGAGCUGGAGCUGGGGAGGAAGAUGGAUGCCUCCAUCGUGGAGAAGCUGCAGGAGCACGUGACCUCCAACAAGAUGACAAAGUACUUCCACCAGCUCAUCCUGAAGCUCCAGAAGGAAAAGACCAACCUGGUGACACAUCAUUCCAAAAUUGACGGUGACAUUGCUCAGACCACCCUGGACGUCACGAACACCAGCUGCAGGCUGGACAUGCAUCAGAAGACACUGGCUGAGCUGGACAAGGAAGUGAAAAAAGUCAACGACCUCAUCACAAACAGUGAAAAUGAAAUCUCCAGGCGCACAAUCCUGAUUGAGAGAAAGCAAGGCCUCAUCAACUUUUUGAACAAGCAGCUGGAGCAGAUGAUUUCUGAACUCGGGGGGGAAGAAGUGGGGCCCCUGGAGCUGGAGAUCAAGAGGCUGACCAAGCUGAUCGAGGAGCACAACGCCGGCGUGACGCAGGCCCAGGUGACCUGGCUCCGGCUGCAGCAGGAGAUGGUGGCGGCCACGCAGGGGCACGAGGAACACCUGGCAUCCCUGGACAUGUCCAAGAAGGAGAUCCACAUCCUGGAGCAGAAGAAACUACGGAUAGAAAACAAGAUCGACCAGGAGAAGAAAGAGCAGAAGCAGAUCGAGCGGCACAUGAAGGACCUGGACAAUGACCUGAAGAAGCUCAACGUGCUGAUGAACCAGAACCGAUGCAGCUCCGAGGAGCUGCAGCAGGGCAACCUGACCACGGAGGGCGAGUUCGUGCGUGCACUCAAGGCCUCAGAGCGAGAGACCAUCGAAAUGCAGGAGAAGCUGAACGAGCUCAGGGAGGAGAAGGCGGCCGUGCUCAACAGCCUGGUGGAGGCGGAACACCAGAUCAUGCUUUGGGACAAAAAAAUCCAACUGGCAAAAGAGAUGCGCGCCUCAGUGGAUUCCGAGACGGGCCAGGCAGAGAUCCGGGCCAUGAAGGCCGAGAUCCACAGGAUGAAGGUCAAGCACAGCCAACUGCUGAAGCAGCAGGAGAAGAUGAUCCAGGACAUGGAGCUGGCUGUCGCACGCAGAGAGACCAUCUCCACUCGGGCCGAGGGGCAGUGCAAGAUGGACAAGAAGCUGCUCACCCGCACAGACUUCCACCGCAAGCAGACCGAGCUGAGACGGAAGAUCAGGGACAUUCACAAGGCCACCGAGGAGUGCACCCAAACCAUCCUAGAACUGGAAGAAACUCAAAAAUCCGUGAGCGACUCCCUCCUGGAGAAACAGGAGCAGCUGUCAAGGAUGCAGGCCAGGGCCGACGAGCUCGAAGCUGACCUGUACCAGCUGGCAGCCCUCAAGCGGCAGAACCUUUCCACGCUCGUGGCCCUGCAGUCACGCCUCAAGCACCUGCAGGCCGUGAAGGACGGGCGCUACAUCUUCCUGCUCCGCAAUAAGCAGUCACUGCUGGCAGAGCUCAAGCGGCUGGACGACCGCCUGGCCAGCAUCAGCACCAUCCUCCACCACGUGAAGGACAAGUACCCCCAGUUCCAGGAGGCCCUGCUCAAGGUCAGCCGGUCCAUCAGCAACAGGCUGGAGUCAUCUGGGCCCUAGAGCGCCCACCCCAAGGAGGAGAUCAGUUUUGUGUAUCAUCAGGGGCUUCAAAUCUUUCUACCCUCAGAGACACCAGUUAAGAGAAACAGACAGGCCAGCAUUGUAGGAAUGUUUUUUUUUAAGCCACCCAGUAGUUUAAACCAAGUCAAAUUUCAGCGUUUCCAGUUGCAUUUCGGUGAGUCUUCCGCUUGCAAAGGCAGUGUCAGUGAACACGAACCCAUAUUCCCACAUUGGGCUUACUCCUCCAAGUAAAAUUGGAAACCCAGGUCUCUGCUCCUGCCCCCACUCCCAGCUUGGGUUAAAUCCAGAUUCCCAGCUUACAUGAGCAAGUCCAGGGGGACCCUGGCUGCAUCUGGAAGCCUAAUGCCUGCGAUAAGACCACACAGGUGCAUGAACACAGACCUCCUUGUCUGCCCACUUGUCCUGCCCUCUCCUCCAGCCAGGGCUCCUCCCCCCACACUCUGAUUCCUGAGCCCCUGCUACCUAUGCCUUCUCUGCAGUUUAAAGGGAAAGUGUUCUACAAAGUAAUUUUAUACUUUCAGCAGAAAAAUAAAACUAUUUUUCUGAAUAUGAGAGAAAAUCGUAUUUAUUCUAAAACAUUUCAGAAAUGCAAAACCCACAAAGAAGCGAGGAGGCCCUCAAUCCUGCUCUGACACAUAUGCACCGGGCUUUCUGUGCCUGGUUCCACCUGACAAGGCCACAGGGUCCGGCUUCUGUAUGUCAUUUUGGAAAGCUUUCUCCUUUUUUUUUUUUUAUUAAUUUUUAUUGGAGUAUAAUUGCCUUACGAUGUUGUGUUAGUUUCUUGCUGUACAAGCUUGCCCCUCUUUUUUUUUUUUAAGCUUGCUCGCCUUAACAUGAGACUUUGUGUACGAAAAGUUCCUUAUUGAACAUUUUCAUGACAGUCGAUUUUAUGGGUUAUGACAAUGUUUUCCUUUUCAGAAGAACUUUAAGUUGCUUUCAAAUUUUCGCUAUUUUGUCGUCUGGGUGCUAGAUUCGCAGAGCCGUGCCUCGGCGGGCGGCCUGGCGGGCUCCAGGAUGCUGAGGGUUCGCUCAUGCGGGGGCGUAGCGCCCU